CGGGAAACUACCCAUGCGCAUGCGCUGUAUCGGUCUCCUUCAUUCACCUCUGGGCCCGACAAGAGACUGAGUCAACUGUCAAAAUGUUUGCUUGCACAAGGUUCUUUCACCCAGCUGCCCGGUCCGUGGUGUCCAGUGGAAGCAGAGCGGUGUUGAGGCCAUUAGGCAGCUCAGUAGUAAAUAAUGAACAGAUCCCACAAGCAGCUCCAACAGCAAACCUCUCAUCCUACACAGGUUUCAGUGCUCUUAACAUAGCCCCUGUCAACAACAAUGUGUCAUCAUUUAUCUCGCAGAUCCGAACAUUUCAAACAAGCGCUGUACAACGUGAUAUUGAUCAGGCCGCCAAAUACAUUGGUGCUGGAGCUGCCACAGUAGGAGUAGCAGGAUCAGGCGCAGGAAUUGGCAGCGUUUUCGGAAGCUUAGUUAUUGGUUAUGCCAGGAAUCCAUCUCUGAAGCAGCAACUCUUCUCUUAUGCCAUUCUUGGAUUUGCCUUGUCUGAGGCUAUGGGUCUUUUCUGUCUUAUGAUGGCUUUCCUCCUGUUGUUCGCCUUUUAAUGUUAUAGACAAUAGAAGAAAUACCAGGCGCGUUUGUUUGUUCAACUGUUCGUGGAUCAUAUUCAUAAAAAAGCUGGUGUGUUUGCAGGUCUAGGGCCCAACCAACAUGAGGAAAAGCAGUUCUACCCGAACUGUAUUAAAAAAUGAAAGUUUUGUAGGCGAGGUUGUAAGAUAUAAACAAGAAAAUCAUUAAGUUUGAUUGCUGUACAGAUACCUUAUCCACUCUUUAUAGAAAGAGUUCGAAAGACAAAAUAAAACGUAUUAACAUUUAAA